AUUUAACCCCACCUCGUGACGCGCUAGUCCACAAGUUUUUUUCUUCCACAUCCACGACGCCACCUUUUUUUGUUCGUUUGACAUACUCAACGAACCCCCCAUCGCUAACAGGCUUUUCUCUUUUCGAGCAAGAGCCUUCAUUCGAUAUCGAUUGAUUUUUACAUCAGUCUAGAGUGUCUAGAAUGAAUCGUGGAGGUUCCGAUAUUUUGACUCCUCGAGGAACUGACAAUUUCUCGAGCGUACACCCUCACGGUCAUCCAACAGAGCAUCACCAUGAACAUAGCAAGGACGGGAAUGCGCAGCAUGGAGAAGCAUUGAGGAUGGUGUUAGGCAGUAUACUAGCUCCGAAACGACCGUCACCAUCCCGUUCAUCGUCGUCCUCGGGAACUACCAGUCCAAUGCCAAACCUUUGUUUACCUCAUUCUCAUUCUUACUCAUCCACGAACGCGUCUCCGAGUCCUCAACCACCCGGAACACCCCACCAUCAUCACUUGUUCUCGCACUCAUACCCACAUAUUCAACCUUAUCCUCAUACUCAUUCCCAUUCCCAUUCCCAUGCACACCGUGACCCACACUCACACUCACACUCACAUUCUCACUCGCAUUCUCACUCACAUUCUCACAAUCCCCAGACACCCUCUAAACUCGGCGGUGCUGAGCAUCAUGAAUCAGGUCAUUCAAACCCAUCACCUCUCGCUCUCGGUACACAUACACAUACACAUACACACCAUUCAUCUCCAUCUACUCCCGAAUCGUCACCGUUCUUUGGGCCGAGACCAGCUCGCAUGUCGCGGAGCAGUAGCUUCACCACUGGGUCCAGUAACUUCCUACUUCCCCAAUCUGCUAUUGCCAAGUCCAAGUCAUCGUCGGAUACAAACGGAAAUGGACGUAGCCAUAGUCAACCCUCGACACCUGGUAUGAUGGUGGCACAUCCCGUCAUUACUCCUGCUAUCACUAACAAUACACUGCCUGAAUGUGUCAUCGCCACCACCACCACCACCUCCGAAUCACGUCCGAAUUCUUCUCAGCAUGAUCAUCUGUCUGCUGUGGAUACUGCCAACAAGAACAAGUUUAUCAAGACACUGGAAGGGAAGAGUGCCUGGGAUGCGUUGAUUCAUGGUUCGUUUACCUAGAUGAAAGGAAUGACGUUUUUACAUUUUUCCGAUCUUCUUUUUUUUCUUUCUUUUUUUUUUCUGUUGAUGUAUAUCAGAUAGAGGGGAUACACGCUCUCGAACAAUUUAUGACGAGACAUCCGUUAUCUAUCUACUUGGUUUCUUUUCUUAUCCUUGCUGUUGUCUGGAUGUAAAACCUGUGUGUGUGUGUUUCGAAUGUUUUCUGGUUACAAGGCUGUAUCUCUUUUUUUAUGGAUACCUUAGCUUGAUCUUUCGAGGAAUUAAUAUUAAUAUUGCGAGAUUCUCGCGUUCUGAUAGAACCAAA